GGUGGGGGAGAGAGAGUCUUGAGAGACAAAAGCCGGGCGAGAGAGACUGGCGGAGCGACGAAGUCGGGCGUACGGCGAAGAAAUCUGAGGGUGAGAGAAGAGUAGGAAAAAGGAAGAAGAAAGAGAUGAUCGAAAGGAUUCCCGAACGAGGGUUUCCGCUCGUGCUCGUCGAGGAGAGGGAAGAAUUGGUAACUCGUGUCGCGUAAACCCUGCCCUCGAUCCCCACAUCGCGGCUGGGAUGCCGAGAAUGCGCGCAUUUUGAUGGGCUCCGCGUCGCCGGACUCGAUCGAGGCUGGGCAGUUGAAGUAUGAGACUGUCACAGAUGGCCUCAUCUCAAAGCGGUGAGAAUGUUGUGACGCAAUGUAAAAAUUGUCGCUGCGGUGAGGCGGACACCAAGUUCUGGAUCACCAGGGCCUCUGACAAUCCUGACAAACAAACAAAUACAUGUCCUAAUUGCAAUGUACUUAAGAGUGGACCACUUUUCAUUUCGUCUAAAGGAAUAGGUUGGACAUCAUGGAAGAAACGUUGGUUUGUUCUUACACGCACAUCAUUGGUCUUUUUCAAAACUGAUCCUGCUGCUCUCCCUCAAAAGGGAAGUGAAGCAAAUAUAACUCUUGGAGGUAUUGACCUGAAUAAUUCAGGAAGUGUUGUUAUUAAACCAGAUAAAAAGAUUUUGACAGUUCUCUUUCCUGAUGGCCGUGAUGGGCGAGCUUUUACAUUAAAGGCAGAAACUUCUGAGGAUCUAUAUGAAUGGAAAGCUGCAUUAGAGAAUGCUUUGUUACAAGCACCUAGUGCAGCCCUUCCAUUGGGACAGAAUGGAAUAAUCCAUAAUGAUAAAACGGAAUCAACUGAAGCUUCAGGUGAUCAAUUGAGGGAUAUACAACCUGUGAAGUCCACCAUAGUUGGUAGCCCUAUCUUGCUUGCACUUGAAGAUAUUGAUGGGAGUCCAUCUUUCUUGGAGAAGGCCCUCAGGUUCAUUGAGCAACAUGGUAUCAAAGUAGAAGGUAUCUUGCGGCAGUCUGCUGAUGUUGAAGAGGUAAAACGCAGAGUUCGAGAAUAUGAACAGGGAAAAGUCGAGUUUUCUUCAGAUGAGGAUGCCCAUGUUGUUGGAGACUGUAUCAAGUAUGUGCUGCGGGAGUUGCCAACUUCUCCAGUUCCUGCAUCUUGCUGUACUGCUCUGGUUGAAGCAUACAGAACUGGUCGCGAAAGCAGAGUUGACUCUUUGCGUGCUGCAAUCUAUGAAACUUUCCCAGAGCCUAAUCGUCAUUUGGUGCAGAGGAUUCUUAAGAUGAUGCAAACAGUGGCUUCUCACAAAACCCAAAACCGAAUGUCACUUCCGGCUUUAGCAGCUUGCAUGGCCCCAUUACUUCUCCGCCCUCUUCUUGCUGGUGAUUGUGAAUUUGAGGAUGAUUUUAAUAUGGGUGGAGAUGGUUCUAUUCAACUUCUGAAAGCUGCUGCAGCUGCUAAUCAUGCUCAAGCCAUUGUCAUAAUUCUCUUAGAGAAGUAUGACAUAAUAUUUGAUGAGGAUCUCUUGCAUGAGGAUUCAAUGUCGUCAGAGCUUUAUUCUGACUCUGGAGAUGGUGAUGUUGAAGAUGAUGAUUCAACUGACAAUGACAUGCUAGAUGAUGAUGAAUGUCUUGAUGAGCAUAAUGGUAGCAAUGAUUCAACUGACAAUGACAUUCCAGAAGAUGAUGGAUAUCAUGAUGAGCAUAAUGGCCUUGAAGCAGAUAUAGGUGAUGAUUCUGAACAUUCAUCCAGUGAAACAAUUGGUGAAAGCAACAGCAAUGUUGGAAGUAAUCCAUGUGAUGAUAAGUUCCUGAACAAUCAGAAGAGGGAUGGUGCAUCACUUCAAGAUAAUGAUGUCCCUGAUGCCUCCAAAUUUUUGGCAGAUACAGCACAUAAUACUUUGUCACAUGAUGUUUGUCAUCAGAAAUCAUCAUCAACAUCUGAUAUUCCAUAUGCUGAGAAUUCCAGUGUACUGAAAUGCAGAAAUUUGCUGCACGAUGAAAGUAAUGCCAUAGCUUCUCAUGAUAGAGUAGCUAGUGUCGCCUAUGAGUCUGUUGGUGAUGAUAUACCUACUUCCACAAGUAUGAGUCAUAUUUUACCUUCAAGCGACCAAAAAGCUGUAGACAAGUCAAAUCAAAUGGUACUCGCUUCAAAACGACCUACUGUAUGGGGACGGACCUCUGCAAAAAGGAACCUUCCCAUGGAAUCAAUGGAUUUAUCAAGCAAAGAUGGGAUUGCUGUUCAACAGCUUGAGAACACAAAGAACGACUUGCAAAAUAAAAUUUCAAAAGAGGUAAAAGGAAAUGAAAUUUUACAAGAAAGUUUGGAAAGACGAAAGGAAGCUUUGCAUGAGCGUCGCCUAGCUCUUGAGCGAGAUAUAGAAAAGUUGCGAGAGCAAUUGCAAACUGAGAGAGAUCUCAGAGCAUCCUUAGAGUCUGGAUUAAUGAACAUGCGACCUGGGCACAUAUCUUUUGCAUCUGCCAUGGACAGCAAGACAAGGGCAGAUCUAGAGGAAGUCGCUCUUGCUGAAGCAGAUAUAGUAACUUUGAAGCAAAAAGUUGCUGAUCUUCGUGGGCAGCUUAGUCGUCAGCUAAAACGAAGUUAUGCUUCCUUGUGUGAGUCAUGCAGCAAACAUAUCCAUAGUAGGGAUCAUUCUGCAGAGAAUGACGCAUUGGAGGAUGUUAAUAACAGUCUUGGUGAUCAACAUGGGAGUUUUUUGAAACAAGCUGUGCAGGAUUCUGUGUCUGGAGGAGCCCGUGAUCUGGUGCCAGCAAAAGAGCAAGAGCUACCUUCUUUAAAAGAAGUGGAGCCUCAGGCUCAGAACAGAGAGUCAUGUAGUCAGAAUAUGAUCACCUCAGGAACCAGAAACACUCCAUCUAACAAGGAUUCAAUGUCAAAAUUCUCUUCUAAUAAUGAGGAUACAAAGACACAAGCACAAUGUUUACCUUCUUCUCCAACUGCUAAGCCUCAAUCCGAGCAGCUCAAUACCAAUCGAAGUAGCAUGGAGUCUCCAGUUUCAAAGCAUUUCACUUCCUUGGGUGAGAACAUCACUGCAGCUGACCAUAAGAAUGUGGAAACUCAAUCCCAGGAAUCAGUGCCAUCAUCAGAUUAUCAGCCAUCUCAGAAGCAAAAGACAGAUAUAGCAAAUCCAAGCAGCAACUUAUCCCAGGGGCUUAAUAAAGUUCUUCCAUCUAAUGAAGAGCCGGUGAAAGCUAGAAAGGGUAGUGCUUUAAAGAAAUUCUCUUUGUGGGAUGAGAAAGCGAAGAAAGAAGUCCAAGAUCCAUCUUUAUCUAAUAAGCAUCCCUCCCAUGAGCAACAACCAAGUGACAUGACAUCAAAUAAUUUGAAACCUCACAUUUCUGCUAGUAUUUCAUCUUCUGAGGAUGUGACAGUAUCUGGGCACAGUGGAGCUACAACAAGGUUCUCUUCAAGACCUGAGGAAACAGCCUCAUCAUCAUCGUCAUCAUCAGCACUUGCCAAGUUGACGAACCGCCUAAACUUUUUGAAGGAACGCCGUGCACAACUUGUAAACGACCUACAGGUUGCACGGAAUAGCCUUGGACCAGGUCCAGAUGGUCCUCCCCCGAGAACCAACUCUAGAUGACUAUGAAUCCAUCCCAGAGGUGAUUCUUUGGAUACCUGGGUGCAUUUGUGCUGCUUCCUGAGUUAUCAAUGUCUGGCAUGGCGACCACCAUGAUUGCUCACUUCUAGCUGGUGAAUUUAAUUGGAACUUGACAGAAUUUUGGCACUUAUGUACAGUUAAAACACUUGCAUUUAUCUCUGCUUCUGAGAAAUUGCUGGUAGUGAUUUUAGGAAGUUUGUAAAACAUGUUUGAAGACGAUAAUAGAUAUAUUUGAGUAAGCUUUUUUCA